UCCCGUUUCCGAAAGGUUCGUUCUCGUCGUCUCCUAGAUUUUCUUAAACCCUGCACGAGUGCGAGAAAUGGCGCUCGACAGUGGCGAAUUCCGCCUGAGCUGCGAGCUCCGAGGCCACGAAGACGACGUUCGUGGAAUCUGCAUCUGCGGCGAUGUGGGGAUCGCGACGUCGUCGAGGGAUCGGACGGUUAGGUUCUGGGCGCCGGAUCCGGAUAAGAAGAACGGAUACGUGCUCUCCAAGACAUUGGCGGGCCAUUCCAGUUUCGUGGGGCCCCUGGUGUGGCUUCCUCCGUCGGAUCGUUUCCCGGAGGGCGCGAUCGCAUCCGGCGGGAUGGAUACGCUCGUCUUGCUCUCGGAUUUGCGUACCGGGCAGGUUGUGGAGACGAUGAGGGGCCAUCAGUAUCAAGUCACUGGUCUUGCUUUGGAUGACAAUGGCGACAUUAUCUCCUCAUCGAUGGACUGUACAAUAAGGAGGUGGAGGAAAGGCCAGGCGGUUGAGUUUUGGGAAGCUCAUCAGGUGGCUGUUCAGGCAGUUAUUAAACUUCCCUCUGGCGAGUUUGUUACUGGUUCAAGUGACAGUACUAUGAAACUUUGGAAGGGAAGGACUUGCCUGCACACUUUUGUGGGACAUGCAGAUACUGUUCGAGGUCUAGCUCUUUUACCUGGAGUUGGUAUUCUCUCUGCCUCACAUGAUUGCUCAAUUAAGCUAUGGACACUGACUGGUCAGAUACUGAUGGAGAUGAUGGGUCAUACUUCUCUGGUAUAUUCUGUGGCUGCACAUUCUUCUGGCCUUGUUGCUAGUGGGAGUGAAGAUUGCUUCCUCAAAAUAUGGAGAGAUGGGGUGUGUGUUCAAAGCAUUGAACACCCUGCUUGUGUUUGGGAUGUGAAGUUCUUGGAAAAUGGAGAUGUUGUGACAGCAUGUUCUGAUGGAGCUGUUCGGAUAUGGACAUCACAUGGCGAUCGGAUCUCUGAUCCACAUGCACUUGAAGCUUAUGCAGUUGAGCUUUCUCAAUACAAAAACAGCAGGAAGAAAGUUGGUGGCUUGAAACUGAUGGAUCUUCCUGGGUUAGAGGCUUUGCAAGUUCCAGGUACCAUCAAUGGACAGACAAUAGUUAUUAGAGAAGGAGACAAUGGUGUGGCUUAUUCGUGGAAUUCUCAAGAGCUGAAGUGGGAGAAAAUUGGUGAAGUUGUUGAUGGGCCUGGAGACACUGGGAACGGUCAAGUUAGUGAUGGUGUUCGAUAUGAUUAUGUGUUCGAUGUUGAUAUUGGAGAUGGUGAGCCAAUUCGCAAAUUGCCAUAUAAUCUAUCAGAUAAUCCAUAUGCUGUUGCUGACAAGUGGCUUCUCAAAGAAAAUCUGCCACUUUCGUAUCGCCAACAAGUAGUAGAGUUUAUACUGCAGAAUACUGGGCAAAGAAAUUCUGUUCCAGAUCCAUCAUUGCGGGAUCCUUUUACUGGAUCUAGCGCCUAUAUACCUGGGGAACCUUCAUUUUCAACAGUUAGUGCUCCGAAACCAACUUUCAAACAUAUUCCGAAGAAAGGGAUGCUCUUGUUUGACUCGGCCCAGUUUGAUGGAAUUCUAAAGAAAAUAUCUGAAUUCAACACCAAACUACAAUCUAACAUGGAGCAGAAACCAUUGUCUUUGUCAGAGCUCGAGUUGUCAAGAUUGGCUGCCAUUGUACAAGUAUUGAAAGAUACAUCACACUAUCAUUCCAGUAGUUUUGCGGAUGCUGACAUUACUUUGUUGUUUAAUUUGCUGAAGUCCUGGCCUCUUGCGAUGAUGUUUCCCGUUAUAGAUACUUUAAGGAUGUUUAUCUUGCAUCCUGAUGGAGCUAGUUUACUUCUCAAGCACAUUGAGAGCGGAAAUGAUGUGCUGAUGGAGACAUUCAAGAAGGCCAUGAUGAGUCCUGUACAACCUGCUAAUAUAUUAACUAUCAUUCGAGCUGUUACUAACCUUUUCAGGCAUUCAUUUUUCUUCCCGUGGUUACAAUCCCAUUGUAGUGAGAUUCUGGAUGGACUGUCUAAUUGCGUUCCAACUUUUAACAAGAAUGCACAUUUAUCAUAUGCGACACUAAUACUAAAUUAUUCUGUGCUUUUGAGUGAAUUGAAGGAUAAAGACGGUCAGGCUCAAGUGCUCUCUGCAGCUCUUGAAAUUGCAGAAGAUGCGAAUCAAGAUGCUGACUCAAGAUUUCGAGCACUGGUGGCGAUUGGAUCUCUUAUGCGGAAUAAUAGAUGCUAGUAGGUCUUAUGAAGCCGAUUGCCAUUGAUUUUGAUGUUCAAAGUAUCGCUAAAGCUGCCAAAGGUUCGAAGGAGUCGAAGAUUGCUGAAGUGGGGGCUGACAUUGAGCUUAUACUAAAGGCGACAUAAAAGUAAAAGUAAAUCUGUUGGCGUGUGAUGUAACUUCAACCUUUUCCUCAAUUUCUCCUCCUUGUUGUUUACUGGUUUUCUCGAGGCCGCUUUCGUACGAAUCUGUGCCUGUAUUGCCUAAUAUCUACUCUGAACGACAUAUGUCAUUCUUAUUGACGGAUUAUUACUUAAACAAAUAGCACAAGGAGUGAGAAUGGAAUAUUACUGAAACAAAUAGCACUAGGAACAAGAAGAAUAGAAUGGCAGGCCAAGACAGAAGCUCCUAAUGCUGAUCAAGCAGCCAUUGUAAAUGGUCGUAUCGGAUGGUUGAGGUUGUGAGAUCGCUGAACUAAUGUGCGAUUAAUUCUGGAUGCUGGUUAGUGAAGAACAAAUUCUUUUUGAGAAAAUUGAAUAUAAGUAUAACAUGCUUGCUGUGUAC